UCCACCUCUCUGCCGGGCAGAAUAUUUCACUUCGCAACAACCAUACCCUCCAGUUUUCCGAGCGAUUGAGAUCAGCACAAUUCUCUGAAUCACAAUCAUCUGAAAAUGUCUUCGUCUCCUUUUUCACGUGGGAGCAGAAUUCCCGUGCUGAGGCCCUCAGCCUCAGGGAGCUCUGAGCGAAGCAUUUCGCCAGUGAACUGGAGGGCGCAGUACCUGGCCUCGCAGGACGAGGUCAAAUUACUGACAUCGCGCCUCCGUGAGAUGGAAGAGGAGAAGGAGAAUUCGCGGGCCACGGCUCGCAAGUUGACUGCUGAGAUAUCCUCUUUGACACAGCAGCUCCAGAAGGAGGCAGAACUGAGCGGCCACUUCAUGGAGGCGUUCCAAGACGCAGAAAAGGAAGCGGAGUCGCUCCGUAGUCAGCUGCGGGAACAGCGGCCGAGUGACGACAGCGUUGAGAAGGCGCUUGAGGCGCAGGUCGCAGAGCAGGAUGCCUUGAUCGAACAGCUUCAACUGGAAAAUGACGAGCUGAAUGAGCAUCUUGCGCGUGCCGUGACAGUGAGCCGUGGUAAGGAUGAUCAGAUCCUUGUUAUGAAGACGAAAAUCGCUGAUCUUGAGAAGCGUCUUGCGGAAAGGCAGGCGGCUCAGAAGCAAGUGGUAGCCGCAUGGAACCCGCACGACAAAGACGCAAGAAUCGCCUUGUUGGAAAGGGAGGUCACGGGGCUCCUGGACCAACUUGAAGGAGAUCAGGAGGUUACGCCCAAGACCAACACUGUUGACCAGUGUACACAGACUGACGAGGCUGAGCAGACCACCAAGAGUGCCUACUACAGUGUGGGCUCAGAGUAUUCCUUCUGCGAGUCCGUGGACGCUGGCCCUCAGAGCACUGCACUUGAAGUUCCUGACAGCAAUCCAUCCUCUCUCCCGCCUCUGUCCCGCGAGCGCGAGGUCACAACGUUGAUCCAGAUCCGCCUCGACCCCGCUGACCACAGCAACUGGAACUGGGUCAAGAGGAUACGUGCCGUGAUUGAUCGGCCUCAGCGGAUUGAGAUGUUCGGUCCGAUUGACAGGGUUGAGGAGCUUCAACAGGACAUGAACGAUCAUGUCCGAGAGUACAACAACCUCCGUAUGGCGGUUGCCAUGCUGGAGUCGACCAUUCGCCGUAUGGAGAGUGAGGCACUCCAAAUCAAGAAGCGUCCCGCUUGUACUGUACGGGGUCACCGAGGUCUGAGGAUGCGCUCAAGGCCAGGAAUGACCAACUCGCUCUCAACGAGAUGAUGCUGCGGCAGUUCGGAGAGGAAGUCCGUGACCUUGAGCGGCAACUGCGACUGCGGCGAUGAACGCACUCCUGAGACGAUCGGAGGCGGUGAGUAUUUUUAUCAGUGGGUUUGGUCAGAGCUUCUCUAUUUGCAUAUGGUAGGCGCUUAUGGUGUUUGUUUCUCUUCUUGUUCUCAAUCUGGAGCAUACUGAUGGAAGGAGAACCAGUGGAAUGAUUCUUCUUCAAACAAAAUGUUAUCUUUACAUGCAACUCUUUUCCACGUAUUCGGUGCUUUUUAUAAUAUCUUGACGGCAUUUGUGACUUGCAAGGUGCUCUGGUCGGUCGCGGUGCGGGCGAUCUGACUAGGUGAAUGUUUUAGUCAUGUGACAUCCCAGUUUUCCCAAGUGUUUGUUGAACUUUUACUUAAGCAAGACCAACAGGGACUUUAUUGAAUCGAGCAGUUAGUUUACGGCCAGCUGUUUC